AUGGCUGCACGUUCUGCUAGUCCUCAACUGGAACUUGUUACAUGUUCAAUUCUGCUGCUAGCACUCUUUGCAACAAUAGCCACUAGUGCUGAUAUAUUCCUUGAUUGGCACGUUUCUACUGACUUCGAUCUAAAGCCAGUUUCUGCAGAUCAACCGGUUAUAACAAUCAAUGGCAUGUUUCCUGGGCCCCUUAUAAAUGCAACAACAAAUGAUAAUAUUCAUGUCACUGUUUUCAAUGAUUUGGAUGAACCCUUGCUAUUUACAUGGAAUGGCAUACAGCAAAGGCUAAACUCAUGGCAAGAUGGAGUGUCUGGUACAAACUGCCCCAUCCAACCUGGCACCAACUGGACUUAUGUUUUCCAAACCAAAGACCAGAUUGGCACAUUCUUCUACUUCCCUUCCACCAAUUUCACGAAAGCUGGUGGAGGGUUUGGUCCAAUUAGAGUCAACAAUCGUCCUGUGAUAACUGUUCCUUUUCCAAAACCUGAAGCAGAGUUUGAUCUUUUAAUUGGUGAUUGGUACAAUAGUAGCUACAAGGAUAUUAGGUCCAGUUUGAAAACUACGGAUGUUAUUUCCCCUGAUUGGAUGCUAAUAAAUGGCAAAGGACCAUAUAUGAACCCUUCUUCAAAAUCAUAUGAAAUCUUCAAUGUUACACAAGGCAAAACAUAUUUGCUUAGGAUAUCAAAUGUAGGGACAGCUUGGAGCUUCAAUUUCAGGAUUCAAGAUCAUCUAAUGGUUCUUGUUGAAACUGAAGGGUCUUAUGCCAAUCAGAUAAAGUUGGAGUCUCUUGAUGUUCAUGUAGGCCAAUCCUACUCAGUUCUUGUCACAGCAGACCAAAAUGCUGCUGAUUUCGACAUAGUGGCCUCUCCUAAAAUGAUUGAUGCCACAAAUAUGAGCAGUCUUGUUGGCGUUGCUGUGCUUCAUUACGAUAAUUCUACCACACCUGCUAAUGGAUCUCUCCCAUGUGGUCCAGAUCCAUUUGAUAUGCAGUUUUCCAUCAACCAAGCAAAAUCCAUUAGGUGGAACCUGACCACUGGAGCUGCAAGGCCUAAUCCUCAAGGAACCUUCAACGUAACAAAUGUGACAAUAUCUGAGACUUUCAUUCUACAGACAUCAACAGCGACGGUUGAUCAAUUACCUCGUUACACUGUCAACAAUGUGUCAUACUUGACCCCAGAUACACCACUGAAGCUAGCUGAUUACAUUACCAAUGGAACAGGAGUAUAUAAACUUGAUGCUUUUUCUAAGAACUCUUCAAAUGCCAAUGCCGUUCGUGGAGUUUUUGUAGCAAGUGCAUUACAUAAAGGGUGGACGGAGAUAGUGCUUCAAAACAAGUUAGACACCAUUGAUACUUGGCAUUUGGAUGGAUAUAGCUUCUUUGUCGUCGGAUUUGGUUACGGAGAAUGGGAACCAGAAUCACGGUCAACUUAUAACCUUUAUGACCCAGUAGCUCGCUCCACAGUGCAAGUGUACCCAGGAUGGUGGAGUGCAGUGUAUGUGUACCCUGACAACCCUGGAAUGUGGAACUUGAGAUCACAGAAAUUGAAAAACUGGUAUUUAGGUGAGGAGCUCUAUGUAAGAGUUUAUGAUCCUGAUCCCAACCCUGCCAGAGAGAGGCCAUCACCACAGAAUCUCCUUUUUUGUGGUUAG